AUGUACGACUAUCAUUACAACGUGAUGAAAAAACACUAUGGAGACAGAAUAAAACUUAUGUACACCGACACAGAUUCKUUGGUGUAUCAUAUCCAAACUAACGAUUUUUAUGCUGAUGUGACGGCUAACAGUAACUUAUUAGACCGGAUGGACACCGCAAAUCUUCAUCGCGACCAUCCGUGUUAUGUGGCAGAGAGGAAAAAGGUACCAGGAUUCUUUUCCGAUGAGACUAACGGACAUACCAUGACUGAGUUUUGCGCACUUCGCGCAAAAUCGUACGCAUAUAAUAUAUAUGCAGGGGAUGAUGACAGAUUAGAAGGAGAGUACAUAAAGGCGAAGGGGAUUCGACCUCACGUAGUCAAACACCACAUGACUCUAAAAGAGCAUAAAAAAUGUUUGUUUGGUGAAGUUGGAGUGGAGGCAUACAAGGAGAAUGUAUCUAUUCGCUCAUUCAAACAUCAGUUGAUGACGAUAAAAACGAGAAAGCUAACUUACAACAGUUAUGACGAUAAGAGAGUGGUGCUAGAAGAUAAAGUGCACACACUAGCACAUGGACAUUAUAGUAUAGAGGAAGAUGAUUGGCCUGAAUUAGAUGAAGAAGGACAGAACUGGAACGAUGAAGAGAAAGGUUUAAUGAGGGGCCUUCUACACUACAUAACCUGUAUAUAG